AUGGCUGUCGAUCCGAAAGUUGAACAGGCCGUGACGCUGGCAAAGCCCGCAAAGGUCAAACACCUGUCUUUUAUCGUCCGGGCUCUUUUGUUCCAUAUUUUCUUUGUACCGACCACCGCGCUGCUCCUUCCUCUCUUCGUGCUCCGUGCACUGAUUCCAUUCGGCCCUGGCCGUUACGAGGGGUGGACGGUGCUUGAGGCACUGGGCGUCUUUUUGACUCGCUAUGCCAUGCGCAACAUUAUCCGUUUCCACUUGCAGCCGAUUCCCCCUCGCGAGAAGGGCUGGCGUGAGAUGGACAACAUCAUCGGUGGCUUCCUGUCGCUCAUCAACCUGUCCGGCCCCGGUGGUCUGGUCGCCUCUGCGCCGCCGGUCGUUGAUCAGGUCGAAGGCUACAUUCGUGAGGGUCGCCGUGAUACCGACUGGUUCAACCCGCCGCCGCUGGAGGCGCUCAAGGGUAUCCUCUCGAUCAAGGUCGGUGACAACAAGGUGACCGACUCUACCCAGUACAAGGGUGCGGCUCUUGUCGAACCCAAGUGGGCCAAGACGCGUGUCAAGGGUUAUUGGUUCAUGCACAACCAUGCAGACUCGCCGACGCCUGGUCCUUCGGGCAGCCAGAAGCGCCCCGUCGUGCUCUUCUUCCAUGGUGGUGCUGGUGUCAGCUUCUCUGCCGGCGACGCGUUCCUGGGCCAGACGCUCGCCAAGACGCUCGCGAAGAAGGGUCAGGUUGAUCUGUUCUCUGUGGACUACAACCUCGCGCCUUUCGCUCCGUUCCCUGUGCAGAUCGUCCAGGCGCUGGGUGGUUACCUGCACCUGAUCAACUCGUACGGCUACCUCCCUGAGCAGAUCUUUAUCGGUGGUGACAGCUUCGGUAGCUGGCUCACUCUCCAGCUCGAGCACUACCUCCGCACAGAUGGCAAGUUUAUCACAGACAGCUGGAAGAACAAAGCAUCGACCGCGUCGGGUGUUCCUGGCCUGCUCCUCCUUUCUCCGUGGGUCUGCCCCUUCGACAUUGACACGCCUUCGCGCCGGAAGAGCGUGGAGACUGGCCAUGAUAUCCUCUUUCCCGCGUAUGCUCAUUGGGGUGUGAACUCGUUGCAGGUCGGUCCCAACUUCAAGGACCGUUUCCCCGACCUCGAGAACCCUUGGAUUGCGCCAUACUGCUUACCCCAGGCCGACAUUGGCAAGCUUCCGCCUUCUUACGUGCUUCUGGGUGGCCUUGAAGCCCUUGUCGACGAGGACCUUGCAUUUGACCUCAUCUUCAAUCACAUCUUUGUCGACUAA